AUGGCCACGGCCCCCGCAGCCGAAGACUCCGAGCGCCAUCCCUCCGAAUCGAGUCCUCUGCUGGGUCCACGAGAUGGCAAUGGCAAUGGCUCCAUCGGCGACCCGGAGAACAGCCUCCCUCCUGCUGAAGCUGAAGCUGAAGCUGACACGGGCGCCAACGAGGAGCCGAGCACCAGGAGAGUGUUGGCCAUCAUGGCCGCGACGUGGAUUGGAGUCUUCUUCGCCGCCUUAGACACGACCAUCGUCGCGACCCUGACCGGGCCCAUCUCAUCGAGCUUCGACUCGCUCAGCCUGCUCUCGUGGCUGGCGACGGGCUACUUAAUCGCCAACGCGGCGUGCCAGCCCCUGUCGGGCAAGCUGACCGACAUCUUCUCGCGACGGACGGGCCUGAUCUUCUCCAACGUCUUCUUCGCCGCCGGCACCCUGAUGUGCGGCCUGGCCCCGAACGCGGGCACCAUGAUCGCCGGGCGUGUCGUGGCCGGCGUCGGCGGCGGCGGCCUGACCAGCAUCGCGACCUUUGUCACGUCCGACCUGGUGCCGCUGCGCCGGAGGGGUCUGUGGCAAGGCUACGGCAACCUCGUCUACGGCUUGGGCAUGGGCUCCGGCGGCGUCGUCGGCGGCGCGCUCGCCGACACUUUGUCCUGGCGCUGGGCCUUUCUACUGCAGGUCCCUUUCAUCCUCGUCUCGACCGCCAUGGUCUGCUUUCUCCUGGAUCUUCCUCCGCCAGCCGUCAUUGCCCAUUCCAGCCACGCCGGCCUGAAUACCGUGGGCAAAGAAUCGGCUCUGCGCCGCAUCGACUUUGCUGGCGCCGGCCUGCUCGUGACCUCACUGGUGCUGCUCCUGCUCGGCCUCAACAGCGGCGGUAACCAACUGCCCUGGUCGCACCCGUUGAUCAUCGCGUCCCUGGUGCUGGCGGGCGCGACCCUCAUCGCCUUCAUCUAUCUCGAGGCACGCGACGAGUCGAGCAUGAGUACGAACAGUGCGGAUGCCCAAAACAACAACGACGACGACAACUACGACGACAACAACAACAAGUUGAAAUCCAAGCCCGAACCCAUCAUACCCGUACUCGUGAUCGCCCGCACGCGCACCGUGCUCGCGGCCUGCCUGGCCAACUGGUUCAGUACCAUGUCGACCUUCCUCGCCAUCUACUAUCUGCCGCUAUACCUGCAGGUGCGCGGCUUCAGCUCCACGGCGGCUGGGCUGCGCGUCAUCCCCUUCGCGGCCGCCACGUCGCUGGGCAGCCUGGGGUCGGGCUACCUGAUGCGCGCCACCGGCCGGUACUACUGGCACAUGGCGAGCGUCAUGGCGGUGUUCGUGGUGGGCGCGGCGCUGCUGUGCACGUUCCAGCUGAAUUCACCUGCGUGGCAGACGUUCCUGUACCCGGUGCCGCUGGGCAUGGCCUACGGCAGCAUGCUGACCGUGACGCUGGUGGCCAUGAUCUCGGCCGUCGACCACGCCCACCAGGCCGUCAUCACCGCCGCCAGCUACGCCUUCCGCUCCACCGGCUCCACCCUCGGCAUUACCAUCGCCAGCGCCGUCUUCCAGAACAUCCUGUCCGGCGAGCUCCUCGCCCACUACGGCCACAUGCCCGACUCGCACCGUGAGAUCCGCCGCAUCAGGGACAGCCUCGACGAGCUCCACCGCCUGCCCGCCGGCUGGGACAAGGCCGUCGUCCUCGACAUCUACAUGCACGCCUUGCGGGCCGCCUUCGUUGCCGGUCUCGGUCUGGCCGUCUUGGCCGCCAUUGCCGGCCUGGCCAUGAAGGAGCAUGUCUUGCACAAGAACCUCGCCCGCAAAUAA